AUGCUGCACACUGCUGCACCUGCUGUCCAGCCUGCUUCUCCCCCAUCACCCAGAGUGCACUUCUCGGAAACUCACAUCGUUUCUGGCUUCUCACGACCCCUCACCCAGGAAGAGGCGUGGUUACUGUACGACUUCGAGGUUCAUUGCCGCGACUGUCGCUAUUGUAUCUCUCCCUACAAGAGAUUCCAGUCCGGCGCUCCGCUCUGCCAUAAAGGAAAGCACAUGUCAGAACGUAUCUCUGAGUCAAUGUACAUGCAGAAGGGCAAUGUCUUCGAAAGAUGUCAUCGCCGCACGAAGCCAAUGCGUAUCGAGAUACCCCACACCUACACCUACCUCCGAGAGCAACUUCACGCCAUGGAAGAUGCUGCAGCCAUUCGCCACGCUCGCAGACAGACGGAAGAGGAAAGACCUCGCGUCAGAGUUCACAACGACAGCCAACGCCGCAGCGACGAACCCCGCAGAUCUAGCAGCACCGAGGUCGUCAUUGAAGCUGCCCGUACCGAUGAUCGCAGACGGGACAAAUACCGCCACGAGGAGCCUCAGCAAACACAAUACCACGACCGUGAGCACAGACGCAGUCACAGAGAGUAUCGCUCAGACUAUCGCCAUGAGGAACCAAGAGACCGAGAGCGCCGCAGAGCAGCAGAAGUCACCACCACCACGGAAGCGAACUCUCGCGAGAGAAAGUAUCGCACCCAAGAGAGGAGACCGACUUGGGCAGAAGAGGAUGUGAGGGCUCGUCGAUGA